AUUAAAACAGCUAUAUAUCAACAAAUAAUUAAUCCCUAUUAAACAAUAACAGUCAUAAUAACCUCGAGGUAAAUAUAGCUCGGAUAUCCGGGCGUAAGACGUAAGAAUACUUCCUCGUCUCAACCAAGAUAUAUCCUAGGAGGUGCCUAGUAAAAACAAGGCAAACACGACAAUGAGUUCGGCACGAAGUAAAGCGGACCGUCAUCCGCCCAGCGACUCGGAAGACUCAGACUCUCGAGAAGAGGAUGAAGGAUGGAGCGAUGCCGAGGGAGUCGAGGACGAGAACGAAGAAGACCCCGAGGUCAUCUCACUCUUAGACGAUCGGGUCUUUCCCGAUGUUAUGUCCAUGCUUGCGCAUUGCAAGGAGAAGCAUGGCUUUGAUUUCCUGGGCGUUAGACAGCGAUUGCAACUUGAUUUUCAUGGUUGUGUUAAACUUGUUAAUUUCAUCCGUCAACGCGUCCACGAAGGUCUCUCCGUGACCGAAGACAUCUCGUGGUCCGAUAUCGAUCACGAGCAGUAUCUUAAACCAGUCUUAGACGACGAUGCAGUCAUUCUGGGACUUUUUGAUCUACCGGAGCUGAAGCCUGUCGCCCCUACCCAAGAUGGCAGCAAUGGAGAUCUAGUCGACGACCUUCUCAAGCGCAACAACGAGCUCCAGGAGGAACUCGCCCGCGUCAAAACUCAAUUCGACAGCUACCGCGUCGCCGUGCAACAGACACUCGAUGAACGCUGGGGCGAUGUCGACCAAGCCGAAGCUGAAUCAGCUGCUGCGAAAUCCGCGGGUAAGGAAAAGGGGGGUGAGAAGAAAGAGGAUGAGUCUAAGUAUUAUUGGGAGUCUUACGCCGGAGCUGAUAUCCACGAAACCAUGCUCAAAGACACCGUCCGCACCGAUGCAUACCGGGACUUCAUCUACAACAACAAGCACCUCUUCGCGGGUAAAACCGUCCUGGAUAUUGGCUGUGGAACCGGUAUCCUUAGCAUGUUCUGCGCACGGGCCGGCGCCGCCAAAGUCAUCGCUGUAGACGCCAGCGCCAUCAUCACCAAGGCGCAAGAAAACAUCUUCCACAACGGCUUAUCGUCAGUCAUUACCUGCGUGCACGGGCGCAUCGAAGAGGCCUCUUUACCCGUUGACGAGGUAGAUAUCAUUGUCAGCGAAUGGAUGGGGUACUGUCUCCUCUUCGAAGCUAUGCUUCCCUCCGUAUUAUACGCGCGCGAUAAGUAUCUGCGCCCCUCCGGCCUACUCGUCCCCUCACAUGCAAGCAUUUGGGUCGCACCAGUUGCCGAUCCCCAAUACGUCGCAGACAACGUAUCUUUCUGGCGGGACGUAUACGGCUUCGAUAUGCACGCCAUGCAAGCCGGUAUUUACGACGAAGCACGUGUAUUAAGCUGGCCCCUCACUACCGCUUCCACCACCUCAUCUUCCUCAUCUAUCCCCCACCCAACCCCUCUAUCAUUCUUCUCGACCCCCGAGAACACCAGCACAAUUCCAGGCACCCCGAGCCCUUUCAAGCUCCUCAACCUCUACGAAACCCAAGUCGCGGACCUAUCUUUCGGCGCCGCUUUCUCGACCACGCUGUCUCGGGAUAUCGAUGCGCUCGACGGAUUCUUGGUUUGGUUCGACAUGUUCUUCUCACCCGUCCGCGACUCCACGUCGCACAAGGUGGAACUCACCUCCACGGCUGCCGAAUGGGCCGCCGCUGACCCGCAGAACCGAAUUGCGUUUACAACGGGUCCCCAUGGCAAGGAUACGCACUGGAGACAAGGUCUACUAUUGUGUAAGCCGAAGGAAGGGACAUCUGCAGUGACAAAGGGUUCUGAAAUUAAAGGCGAGAUUACGUUCUCGGUGCCUGAGGAUCAUGCGCGCGGGUUGUCUAUCAAGGUUUCGUGGAAUGGGAAUAAGGGACAGGCCUGGGCUUUGCGAUAAAGGGCACUCGACAGGGAAAGUGAUUAAGGGAAAAUGGAAAGGGGACCAUGGGGGUUGGUUAGGUAGGUAGGGAGAUAGGUAUCUAGAGUAGUUCUAUUCGGUGAAAUGAAAACUGGGAUUUAUGGCAAACACAGAGUGCAUUACGGGUAAAUGAGGAA